AUGUUACCGAGAUCCUUAUUUUCGGCAUCAUCACUAAAGUCAGGCGCAUCUGUUGAUAACUCUCGAAAUCAGUCGACUCAGUCCUCGUCGUCGCGAGUAUUGCCUACUGACAGAUAUACCGAACGUUCACCGGCCAUGCCCUAUUCUUCAAGAAGUUCCAAGCGAAAAAGCUUACAGCAAGAAUUCCUGGCAGCCGACAGCGAUGCGAGUGGAGGAAGCUACGACGUUUCUAGUAGUGACAGCGAAAGCGACGACAGCGGGGAUGAGUAUAGAAUGUACAGGAACACAAGUGUCAUAAAACUCCAGAAUCAGCUUCACAGUCUUUUAUCAAAGUGCCAACGUCAGAGUGCGCGUCAAGCCAAGUAUAUCGAGAAGGUUCGAGUGCUGAAUAAAACUAUUAAAAAAACGCACCGACGUCUUGAACGUGUAAUGACCGUUCUUGCCGAACAAGCGUCGAUAUCCGAGUCGCCCAUUUUGCCUUUACCACCGACAGAUAAUCUGUUUGAGCGAUCCACCAUUGGCAUCCCAGCGCAGGUUCGCAGCAGUCCAUCCAAUACCGAGAUAAAAGCCGAGUCGCCAAAACUUCCUCACAACGACGUCAGAAAUUGGAAUUCAUCAGCAGCAACGGAAUCCUCUGCAGGAGCAUCUACGCAUAAACAAGACUUUUCAUCAUCAUCAUCAUCAUGCUCCUCCUCGCGACGACCUCAAUACGCAAAACGUACAGGAGGUCCGCCAGGAAGCGAUACCAAGCGGCAACGAUUCGCUGAAUCAUCCAUACAGGCUGAUCUGCCUUCUUCAUCACGAUUUGUUCCGCCGCCUGUGGUACGACCUCCAGCACCGGAAGCAGAGAUCCAGCUCGGUUCUCAAGAUACUUGUGAUUUAUACCUCCAACGAAAACAAACGGUUGAUACCACCAGCUUCAUAAAAAAACCACGCAGCUUGAUUUAUAAUAUUGCCGCGGACGAUGCUGAUAAUGAUAUGAAAGAUCUCAUGGUUGCCACUUCUUUGGAAGGGGAUUUACAAUUUUGGAACGCAUCCACUCGAAGUAACGUCAAGACGCUUGGUAAAGGUCAUUUAUACCAAUCUUGGGUUGAUGAUUUGUGCUGGACUUCGCCGUCAACGCUUGGAUUGGUUCCGGCUAUUCGAAAAAAUUAUAGAGACGCCGAGACUAUCUCGCUUGUACAUAUCAACUCGGUGAGCAAGACAAGCGUCGAAGGUCGCAUACAAAGCUUGGAACAGGAUCCUCACGAUAAAGGUGCCUCGACCAUUGCAUCUGUCGAGCUUGGUCGACGAUCUGCCAAUGGAGGACAAUUGAUGACCUUUGUUACAGGCGGUUAUGAAAAGUCGGUUUACCUCUGGAGUUUAGUACGGGACAAUUUGAACGACGAUUUUACGGUCACUAGCGUGGAUCGACUAAACAUCAAGCACACCAACAGCAUUCAAUCAUUAUGCUAUGAUAGAUAUCAUGGUACACUUUAUUCCGGAGGCGCGGAUGACCGAUUUGCAAGCUUUGAUAUGAGAACGCAAACAGCGACUUCAUCGCUAAAGUUCGCCGGAAGAUAUUCACCAGAGUCCGACCACCCCCGAUCUAGUAAUGCUAAGACAACGGGACAGUUUGCGUUGUAUGACAGUCGUUGUUCUGGUUCGGACGCUAUUCAAUUACGAUUCGGUUACUCGGAGGUUGAGAAUGUAUCCCGAUAUAUUCGACCGGACUGGCAUAGAAAUGGUUACAUGGUCGCAUGCGGUAGUCAAUCACACUCCAAAAUUCAUUUCUGGCAAGUGACUCGCACAUAA